AUGAGUGGUGCUCGUCGAAUGAACGAAGAUCCAGAGGUGGGGGAAAGUAGAAGCAGCAAUAAAUCUAGAAAGAAAGCUAGACUUGAUAGCAAACGUCUGGAGAAUGAGUUGAUACAUGAACAACAAAGGUCUCUUUUACAAGAGUAUAGAGAUGUUGAGGUAGAAACUAUGAAGAACCGUGUAGAAAUGACGAAGACUGGUGAUAUUAAUAUCGCGAUGCAUGAAUUGGAUAAGGCUAAUGAACUUUAUUCUAAGGCCAAAGAGACCAGUGAUAAUACUAUUUAUGCUGAGGAUUCCAAAGUUAUGGUCAACGUUAGUGAAUUGGCACACUUAAGUGUCAAAAAUUUAAAAUUGGGAGAUACAAGAGGCUUUAUCAAUGUUAAUGAUAUUUUGAAUGGCUGUAAAAGUUUUAUGUUGAAAGAUUAUUUUAAACAGAAUGAUAUAUCUGAACCUGUACUAAAAGAUCUAGACGGCCAUGACGAAGAAGACGAUGAUAAUGGUGAUGGCGUCAGCAGUAAUAAUACUGCUAACGACAAGGCUGCCUUGAGGGUAAGAAAUAGUGCCAAUAGACACAACUUUCUAGCGCAAUUUGAAAAAUAUGAUCAAUUUGAACAGUUCAAUUGGUUUAAAAUGGGUAUGCUAUAUGAUUCGCUAAGUAAAAAUGUCCAAACGACAGACCAUUUCUUCGGACCCUUUUCCAUAGAGGCAAAAGUAAGACUGUACACACAAACAAAUAGAGAUGACGGUAAAGUUGGUAAAUUGGCAACUGCUGAAAAGGUGACGAAAUCUGCUUCGAAGUCAGACGAUAAAGGAAGUACAGCAACAAAUGUACAAUAUUGUUAUACCACCCUUGAAAAAAAGAGCCCAUUCCCAACAAGAAUAAGCCUUUUUGAAUUCUUUCUAGAUCCUAAUUCUUUUGCUAAAUCUGUUGAAAAUUUGUUUUACACAAGUUUCUUAAUCAAAGAAGGUAAGAUCGUACUGGAAGAAGAUGAGAACAACUUACCAGUUAUCCAAAUAAAAGAAAAAUUGCCCUCAGAUCGUACACAGAAGAAUAUCGAAUCCCAACAAAGAAGGCAAGCAUCAGUUAAUCAUAUCAUAUUCCAAUUAGAUAAACCUACAUGGAGUAAACUAAUCAAGAAGUUUAAAGUUAAAAAGAGUUACUUAUGA